AUGGGCAUUCUAAGAGGCACGAUCGGCUCAGCCAUGGAAGCUGCAGCAGAGAGUAGUCAGAAAAAGAAGUCCCCUCAUAAUUCAAGACAAAUGCCUCCAGCACGACGAAAUCUGUCGCCUAAUGAUGCAUGUUCAUCGUCGUCUCAAGCAGGGCAGCCACGCACAAGGCAAAUUUAUACCCAGAAGUCGAAGAAUCAAUCGUUUGAGGCAGAGACAUUCCCUGCUCGAGAUGGCUGCAUUAGCCCACAACAGCCUGGAUCUCGUUAUAGCGACGAACCGCCCUCAUAUUCACUGCACGCCAACUAUGCACCCUCGAGCAGUCGACCUGGAAGCAGCCAGAUGCCCUCACGGCUCAAUAUGUACCAACAGCCUUCAUACAGCUACUCGUCCCCUGAAAACAUGGCUCGGAACACACGGUUCCCCUUUGACCAACCUUCCUUCCAAAACAGCGACUUUCGACCGCUUCUUCUCCCUCAGAUUGCUUUUGGAGAAGGAGAGCCCUUCUUACGAGGUUACAGUUCUGAGAUGGACAGAUAUGGGAUCUCACGGGAUCAAUUCCUUCGAGUGGUGGAUGAGAUUAACGUAGCGCGUACGCCCAACCCUGAAGUAAAAUUAUUCCAAAUGGGUGCUGGCAUUGCUGGUUGGUUCGUACCUGGCGUUGCUAGUAUUGGGCUUCUUGCAGGUCAAGCCGGUGUUGGUGUUGCUACAGCGUUCGGCCAUGCAUCGAUAGUUUCCAAGGCAUUAUCGAAGGCCAACAUGGAGCUAUUUUCGCCUAAUGGACUCGAAAUAUGUAUUAUCACGACCGAAGACCUUAACACGGAACUGGGCAUCUCCUCCUAUGGAAUGCGAGACGUGCCAUAUAACGCGUCACCAGUGGAUAGACUGGGCAUUUAUGGACCUCGAAUUGCCUUUGUGAAUGAGAUCCUACCAGAUCGAUCGGACAUAGGACGACAAGACCCUCUGGCCAAGGCUGGCCGAGCACUCAAUAAAAGGUCAAACAAGAGGAAGGCUCAAGACGCACAGGAGAGGUUAGACAAAGGCGAAAGGAAGGAAAAAGGAAAAAGACGACUCUUUAAGUCGUAUGUUGAUAUUGAAUGGCUUGUGGUGAAGCUGGCACCUCCUAUGAGCGCUGGGCAAGUGUAUUGA